AUGACCAGCCUGAGACAUAAUCAGAAGCAGAUCACGCCGUUCCCCACGCGGGGCCAGCUGUUGGUAUCCGAGGAGCCCCUCCACGCCGGGCAGCCCCACCUCCUGCAGUCUGAGCUGGCCGCAGGACAGCUGGUGUACACCCAAGGCGGCGGGGUCACUCAGCAGGAUGGCUUCCGCUUCCGUGCCCACCUUCAGGGGCUGGCGGGGGCCUGCAUGGCUCACCGGAGCCUCCCCCAGCUGAGUGCGGUGGACCCAGACUCGACUCCUGGGGAGGUGGGGUACGAGGUGCGGCGGGCGCCCCACAACGGCUUCCUGAGCCUGGCGGGGGUCAGUCCGGGGCCUGUGACCCACUUCUCGCAGGCCGACGUGGAUGCAGGGCAGCUGGCCUUUCUGCGGGCACUCCUAGAGGUGCCCCAAGCUUUAGGGUGCUCCUCCCUGAGCUGGCAGCAGCUCUGGGUGGUUUCCGACCGGGAGGAGCCAGACGCUGCCUACCGCCUCACCCAGGGGCCCCAGUACGGGCAUCUCCUGCUGGGCGGGCAGCCUGCCACAGCCUUCAGCCAGUUCCAGGUAGACCAGCGUGAGGUGGUCUUUGCUUUCACCAACUCCUCCUCCUCUUAUGACCAAUUCAGCAUCCUGGCACUGGCCAGGGGUGCCAACGCAUCCGCCACGGUGAACGUCACUGUGAGAGCUCUGUUGCGUGUGUGGACAGGUGGGCCGUGGCCCCAGGGCACCCUACGCCUGGAUCCCACUGUCUUAGAUGCGGGUGAGCUGGCCAACUGCACAGGCUGUGUGCCGCGUUUCCGGCUCCUGGCAGGACCCCAGCACAGCCGCGUAGUCCGCGUGCCCCGGGCCAGGACAGAGACCAGGGGCGGCCAGCUUGUGGAGCUGUUCACCCAGCAGGACCUUGAGGAUGGAAGGCUGGGGCUGGAGGUUGGCAGGCCAGAGGGUAGCUCUUCUGGACCUGCAGGCGACAGUCUCACUCUGGAGCUGUGGGCAAGGGGUGUCCCUCCUGCCGUGGCCUCGCUGGACUUUGCCACGGAGUCUUACAACGCGGCCCGGCCCUACAGAGCGGCCCUGCUCAGUCUGCCCGAGGCGGCUCGGACAGACGCGGGGGAGCCAGAGAGCGGCACCCCCACGGGCAAGCCGGGCCCAGCAGCCUCCAGCCCCGUGCGCACCGUGGCCAGCGGGGGCUUCCUGGGCUUCCUGGAGGCCAACAUGUCCAGCAUCAUCAUCCCUGUGUGCCUGGUCACCCUGCUUCUGGCGCUCAUCGUGCCUCUGCUCUUCUACCUCCGCAAAUGCAACCAGACGGGCAAGCACGACGUCCAGGUGCUGACUGCCAAGCCCCGAAACGGCCUGGCCGGUGACGCUGAGGCCUUCUGCAAGGUGGAGCCGGGCCAGGCCAUUCCGCUCACAGCGGUGCCUGGCCAGGGGCCCCCGCCGGGGGGCCAGCCUGACCCAGAGCUGCUGCAGUUCUGCCGGACAUCCAACCCUGCUCUCAAGAACGGCCAGUACUGGGUGUGA